GGGAGGGUUCAGAGGAAUCGAGAUUCAAGAUUCUCAGUUGCAUCUACCCAGAUGUCCCUAUUUCAAAUGUCGGGAUCCUACCCUAACCUCCUCAAGGUUAGGGUCCUAAAAUACCUAGCCUUGGCAUAGGAAGCCUGGGGCUGAGAAUUCUUUCUCAACAAUUAACAUUGGAGCUGGCCCUCCACUCUGAUGCCCACUGGAUACAGGUUAGGCUUCCCUUAAGGGCUGUCGUGGGGCCACCUGGUUUCACAGUCUGCCUGGACUUGAUCAGUUCUGUGGACUUAGUUUCUAUUUCCUUCAGGCUCUCAACUGCUGCAGAGACCAUUAAUGCAUAUCCUUUCAACCAGUAACCCCUCGCAGCCGGCCACUGCUGACAAUUUUAAUAACUGUCCCACCUCGGCAAGCUAGAGACUAUCAGUAUUCUACCUACUACCGUGGGUUCUUGUCAGCCAGACUGUGAACAGUCACCCAGAUUCAUUCUAGAAUUUGUGGAACCACGUCUGAAACCAACAGGCUUAAAUUGGGUUCCUUGGAGAAAGACUCCAACGAGAAGCUACGUGAACAAGGUUUACUGGGAAGUGCUAGUGCUCGCGGGAUGCACCUGUAAGGAAGUGAGGAAGGCAAGGUUAGGCAAACGGGGAAACUGACACGCAAUGAGGUUACAAGAGAGGCUUCAGCCAAUCCUGUGGGGAACUUGGAAGUUGGAGUGGCCCCUUCAGGGUCGUUCCAUAUUGAGACAGAGAGGCCAGGUCUUUGUAUCCUGCAUCAACCGUCGUCGACAGGCCCUCCAGGAGGGCGUGUGACCUUGGGUGAGGCUGUCUCCUGCCAUGGGAGGCAUUGCCAUGAGGGAAGCAGCUGUGUGCAAUCAGCAUCUGAUAUUCCCAGCAGCUGGGAAAUGGGUGCAUUGGUCCCAAACAGGGCAUCCGGGUAGAGCAUUUUACCCACGAAACCUAGUAAAGGAGUAUCGUGAACGGAUGUGCCCAGGACUGUGCCAGAGCCCGUGGCCCAGUGCUCGAGAACCUCAUGAACUAUAUACGGGAUUUUGUAAAUGUAUGUGUUUCCACCUACCGGCACAUAAGCUCUAGAAGAGCGGGCAAUGUAUUUGCUUACCGCCGCUUCUCCAGCGUCUAGAAUUUGACUCCUAGUUGAAUGAACCUAACUGGAGGCUUGCAAUAAGAACCAGGAAGUUGCUGUGUGUUAGGCGGAAUCUGGGGGUGACAAGCAUCCAGAGAAAGGGAGGUGGGGCUCGGUGCGAGUGUGAAGCACUCGUCUGGAGCCAAGGCAGAGCUAGGGCACUCUAACCGAGGUGGGACUCCGCAUGAGGGAAGCGCAAGCAUCGCAUGAGUGGGUUCUCUUUCUGCAGUCUCCGGUCUUCAGCCCAGCCUCUCUGGAUGCCCGUGGCGUUCUGCAAGCAUCCAAAUGGUUGGGGGGAAAGCUUCAUGUUCCACACGAGUGACAUUGUGCAACAGGGGACGGAGAGUCAGAAGGUCUGGAUCUGAAUUCAGACGUCUCCCUUAAGUAGCUGCGCGGCCUUGGCGAGUCCUGAGGCUCUCCAGAUCACCAGGGGCGGGGCGGGAGCAGGUUGCUGAGGCCAAGGGCUGGCGCAGGAUACUUCCUCCGACCCAUCGGCACAGGAGGGGGCUACUCCUGGGAGGAACGGGGAUGACAGAUGGAAGAGACACAGCCUGGGCAAACUCCAGGCUCUGGUCCAAGAGCCGGCCCUUGGACAUUCUCCUGUUAUCUCUAUCUCUACGCUCGCUAGCCUACACACGUGUGCAGACAUUGCUGUUGAGGCGCUGCGCUAAUUGGUUUUAAAGUCUUUCCCUUAUCAUUCCCCCGCUCCCUGGCAGGCAGUGGUUGUGGUUGUGUGGCAGCAGCCAGAGACCAGGCGUCCCCACCAUGUUGCACAGCCAGCCCUUGGCGUACGUCAAGGGCCGGCUCCGGAUCCGCAGCCACCUGGCCUGGCAGUGCCUGGCAGAGUUUCUGGGUGUAUUUGUGCUCAUGUUGCUCACCCAGGGGGCUGGAGCCCAGGCUGUCACCAGUGGAGAAACGAAAGGCAACUUCUUCACCAUGUUUCUGGCUGGCUCUCUGGCCGUGACCAUAGCCAUCUACGUGGGUGGUAACGUUUCAGGGGCCCACCUGAACCCAGCCUUCUCCCUGGCCAUGUGCCUGCUGGGACGCCUCCCCUGGGCCAAGUUCCCCGUUUACUGCUUGGUGCAGCUUCUAUCUGCUUUCUGUGCCUCUGGAGCCACCUAUGCCGUCUACUACGAUGCCCUACAGAACUAUACAGGCGGGAACCUGACGGUGACUGGCCCCAAGGAGACAGCCUCCAUCUUUGCCACCUAUCCUGCCCCUUACCUGUCCCUGAACAAUGGCUUCCUGGAUCAGGUGCUGGGCACGGGGAUCCUGAUUGUGGGGAUCCUGGCCAUCCUGGACACACGGAACAAGGGAGUGCCUGCAGGUCUGGAGCCUGUGGCUGUGGGGCUGCUGAUCCUGGCCAUCGGGCUAUCCCUGGGUGCCAACUGUGGGUUCCCACUCAACCCUGCCCGGGACCUGGGCCCACGGCUUUUCACCUACGUGGCUGGCUGGGGCCCUGAAGUCUUCAGUGCCGGUAACGGCUGGUGGUGGGUGCCUGUGGUGGCCCCUCUGGUGGGGGCGACUCUUGGCACAGCCACGUACCAGCUGCUGGUGGCUCUCCACCACCCCGAGGAGAAGUCAGAGUCGGCUCAGGAUCUAGAGUUUGCCCAACAUACAGCCUGAGGCCUGGAAACUCCUGCCUCUGCCCUGUUGCCGCAGCGUGAGCUCUGAUCCCGACACCGAGCCCUCGCCUCGCUUGUGGACACUGAAGUGGGGCCGCAAAUCCGGGACGGUGGCCAGAGGACGGCUUCCUCCCAAACUGGGAGGGCCAGGCCCCUGCUGCCCUCCACACCCCGGCAGGUCUUCGGACCCUGGGGGCCUCCGCGGACACAGUGCCUCAAAGCGGCCGCCAGAGGGUGCGCCCGGGGAGGCCUGGGGGAGGCCGGGGGAGGGGCGCUUCCCGCGGAGCUCGGCCCCCUCCCGGGUUCCCGGCCCCAGAACCUCGGCGCGGCCGCGCUGCCCUCGCGGGGCGGCUUCCCCCACAUGGGGAGGGGGCGCAAGGGGGGAAACUGAGGCACGGCCCAGUGCCCAGGCGCUCCGGCCGUCCUUCCCGGAGAGGGGUGCGGGCCCCGGCCCGGGGGCGCGCGCUGGGGGGAGGGUCCUCGCUGCCCCGCCACGCGCCCCCGGCCCCCUCUCCUCCGAAUAAAAACGUCCCGGUUCUCUA